AUGGGGCAGGGGGGAGUGGGUCGCGACCCGAGAGUGCGGUCGGGAGAGGGAGAUGAGUGAGGCGGACGAUGAAGAAGAUAUUCGUAUUUCUUGCGUUCAUUUCCUUGUCACAUGAAGUGAAACUGGAACAUGGAGAUAAACCAGUAUCAGCUCUGGGCAUGGACCCGAGUGGAGCCAGAGUCAUAUCUGGUGGCUAUGACUACACGGUACGGCUCUGGGACUUUGCCGGAAUGGACUCCAGACUCAAAUCAUUUCGCUCCAUCACUCCCUGUGAGAGUCAUCGGAUAUGUACACUUCAGUACAGCAUCACUGGAGACGCAAUUCUUGUGGCGUCCGGAAGUGCACAAGCGAAGGUGUUGGACAGAGAUGGUCACAAUAAGAUGCAGUGUCCUAAGGGCUGGCAGUACAUCAUUGACAUGACUAAUACAAAGGGGCAUGUUUCCAUGAUAAACUGUGCCUGCUGGCACCCAAAGAUCAAGGAAACCUUCCUUACCUGCUCCAAUGACUGCACCCUGAGACUUUGGGACGUGAAUGAAAAGGAGAAGCAGCUGAAUGUGAUCAAGGGGAGGGACAAGAAGGGGAGAAAGUCCGCCAUUUCCACGUGCUCCUUCAGUAAAGAUGGAAAGAUGAUAGCAGCUGGGCUGGUCGACGGUAGCAUACAGCUGUGGAAGAGCAGCGGACCUUUUACUAGAUCAUCUCUACAUCAGUACACUGCUCAUACUCCAGGCACCGAGACGUCUUGCAUCACCAUGUCCCAUGACAACCAGACACUCGUCUCCAGGGGAGGUGAUGACACAUUGAAAGUUUGGGACAUUCGAUCGUUCAAGAGGCCCGUCAACGUUGCAACUGGAUUGCAAAACUUUUUCUCGGUAACUGACUGUGCAUUUAGUCCUGAUGAGAAGAUUAUCGUCACGGGAACAUCAGUCAGGAAAGACCAGGGAAAAGGUGAACUGGUAUUCUUUGACAGAGAACUGAAUAAAGUUAACUCUCUACCAGUGGCAGACUGUAGUGUGAUUCGUUGCUACUGGCAUCCAAAGCUGAACCAGAUUGUCGUUGGCCUUGGCAACGGAAAGGUUCACGUCUUCUUCAGUCCUCGAUAUAGCAUCAGGGGAGCCAAGCUGUGUGUGGUAAAGAAGAAAGUCCAGAGAAUUGAAGACAUGGUUCACAGUGAAAUUAGCGGCCCUAUCAUAACACCACAUGCCCUCCCCCUGUUCCGGGAAGACCAACCGAAGAGCAUGAAGAGAAGGAGAGAGAAGGAGAGAGCCGAUCCAAAACUGUCUCACAAACCAGAAACACCCGCCCCUGGAAAAGGUGUUGGAGGUAGAAUAGGCACAGGUAGUUCCCUCGGUUCUUACGUGAGGAAAAUCCGAGCUGUCGAGAAUGUGGAUCUCGACGAAGAUCCCAGAGAAGCUCUUCUCAAAUAUGACAAAUCAGCUAAAGAGAAUCCGUUUUGGAUCGCACCUGCUUAUAUGGGACUCAAACCAAAGCCCACUAUUUCAAGAGGCCGAAGACAGUGACGAAGAUUGACUGCUUAUGAAGAGUUGCAGCUGCCAUUUUUUGAGGAAAAGGUCCAACUGUUCGGCUACAAUGGCAAAACUGCUAUUUCCAUCAUUUUCAUGUGUUACUGCACCUUCUUUUAAUUGGUCUUUUUAUUUUCAAAAUUGCGACAGAAGUGGGUACGUAAGUUUGCGACAUCUCACAGGUUUAUACACAUAAUAAUUAUUAUGAAUGAUUU